AUGGGCAUGCAAUAUCAGCCCAUGUAUCCGACGGUCGACAACGAUACAAACAUGCAACCAUUCUUUGUGGGACCACCACAGCCACAGCCUCAGCCGCAGUUUUACGGGUUCCCUCCACCGACAGGAAGCUCUUUGGAUUCGGGAUAUGCUGGCGAAGACAUCAACCCCUUUGAGGACAAUGGCCUAUGUUCGGAACUCAAAAUGGACUAUGUGCAACACAUCGCUCCUGCAAUCCAAAGCUUCGACACAUUCGGCUACAUGACCAACGACCAGCAGCCAAAUAUUCCUGGUCAGCCUUUUGUGCCAGUCAACUAUUCUGGACCCUUCGCCCACAGCUUCGAGCCUGUCGAGCAGGACAUGAAUAUGUCGCAGAGCCCACCGACACCAACACUAGUUCCGGAUGAUGCCAUCAGCGUUAAAAGCGAGGAUAUGGCCUCGGAUGCCGCUUCGCCCAUGACCUUGACACACCCGAGAAGUCGGCUCCCAAAGCAGAACAAGAGACGCCCUAGCACAAUCAGACGAACGGCAACAGAGCCGUCGAUGGAAAUCCGGUCCGGCAGCAUACAGCGCACGGCGGCCAAGGAAGGUCGAGGACGAGGUCGAAAGCGAAUUCCUCACACAGCAGUGGAGCGUCGAUACCGUGAGAACCUCAAUACGCACCUGGAAAACCUGCGACAUGCGAUGCCGUUCCUACAGGCGGCUCAGCGCCGCAGGGCGAGCGAUGUCAAUGACCCCAUGAAGCCAAGCAAGUGCGAGAUUCUAAUAGGGGGUCUGGCAUACAUCAAGCGGCUAGAGUCUGAAGUCAAGGAAUUGAAGGAAAGACUAGGUGAAUGA